GCGCCGCAAUCACAGCUGGGCGGACGUCGGGGGUGGCUGGUCUGAGGCUGCGCACCGCCAGGGGUUCCCACGGUCCUCCCCAGCUGCAGGCACCGCCGCCGUCGCGGUCAUCCGCCGCAGAUUUCUGCACUUGAACUCCAAGGUGCAGAAUGAUUUGGAAAGUAGCCACAUUACUCAGUUUGGUCCUGGGAACUGCUGCCAUUCUUGUGGACGAUCCUGAGGAUGGAGGCAAGCACUGGGUGGUGAUCGUCGCGGGUUCAAAUGGCUGGUUUAAUUACAGGCACCAGGCAGAUGCAUGCCAUGCCUACCAGAUCAUUCACCGAAAUGGGAUUCCUGACGAGCAGAUCGUUGUGAUGAUGUACGAUGACAUUGCCAACUCUACAGACAAUCCCACUCCAGGUAUUGUGAUCAACCGGCCCAAUGGCACAGAUGUAUAUAAGGGUGUCCCGAAGGACUAUACCAGAGAGGAUGUUAACCCACAAAAUUUCCUUGCUGUGUUGAGAGGUGAUGCAGAAGCAGUGAAGGGCAAAGGAUCUGGAAAAGUCCUGAAGAGCGGCCCCAAGGAUCAUGUGUUCGUUUAUUUCACUGAUCACGGAUCUACUGGAAUACUGGUUUUUCCUAACGAUGAUCUUCAUGUGAGUGACCUGAAUAAAACCAUCCAUUACAUGUACAAACACAGAAUGUAUCAAAAGAUGGUAUUCUACAUUGAAGCCUGUGAGUCCGGGUCCAUGAUGAACCACCUGCCCGAUAACAUCAACGUUUAUGCAACGACUGCUGCCAACCCCUCUGAGUCAUCCUACGCCUGCUACUAUGAUGAGGAGAGGAACACGUACCUGGGAGACUGGUACAGCGUCAACUGGAUGGAGGACUCGGACGUGGAGGAUCUGACUAAAGAGACGCUCCACAAACAGUACCAUCUGGUCAAAUCCCACACCAACACCAGCCACGUCAUGCAAUAUGGAAACAAAUCAAUCUCUGCCAUGAAAGUGAUGCAGUUUCAGGGUAUGAAGCACAGAGCCAGUUCUCCCAUCUCUCUGCCUCCAGUCACACACCUGGACCUCACUCCCAGCCCUGAGGUGCCCCUCGCGAUCAUGAAGAGGAAAUUGAUGAGCACCAAUGAUCUGCAGGAGUCCAGGCAGCUUGCUGAGAAGAUCCAGUGGCAUCUGAACGCUCGGCAGAUCAUCGAGAAGGCGGUGCACAAGAUCGUGGCCAUGCUGGCGGUGUCCGAGGCCGAGAUGGAGAGCCUCCUGUCCGGCAGAGCCGUGCUCACCCAGCUCAGCUGCUACGAGGCGGCCGUGGUGCACUUCCGCUCGCACUGCUUCAACUGGCACUCUUCCACGUAUGAGUAUGCUUUGAGAUAUUUGUAUGUGCUGGCCAACCUUUGUGAAAAACCUUAUCGAAUUGACAGCAUAAAAUUGUCCAUGGACAAGGUGUGCCUUCUUCACUACUGAAAAGCUGCCUUCUGCAGGCUUUUCCAGUGUGGACACCAGCCCUUAGGACGUGUCCUAAUCAGCGCCUGAGAGGCGAGUGAGCAGGAAGUUAGCCUGGCUGCUGCUGCUAGGCCCUUAGGGGCCUCACUGCAGGCUUUUUCUUCUCAAGAUGACUUGCUCGCAAUUGCCUACAUCCCCAGGCUUCUACAGGACUUGCAGGAGGCUCUGGAAAAGCUUACAUGUGUGAAGCUCCAAAAAAACUGAAUUUGGGUGGGUAAAGCUCUGUGUUGAAAAGGUAUAUUUGCUUUUAAAGAGGUUUUUUUGCCCAUUCGUUUUAAAAGAAAAGAAGUUCAUGGGAGCCAGUGACAGAGUGUUUAUUCUGAGAAAUUUGAAGCUGAAGUCUCCUUAAGUCUUCAAAAUGAUUUUAUUGAAGAGGACCCUAAGCCUCAAAUGGAAAACUAUUUUUAGAAAAUAUUAUAAUUUUUGAUUGCUUUUGUAUUUUAUCAUGUAAUAAUGUUCAAGUCUUAAAACAUAAAGAAUUAUAACUGAACCUGAGCAUUAA